UCUAAAGUCUCAGCCCACACAAUCACACUAACGACAAACCCUUUUAGAAACGUCUCUUUCGAUGCUCAAAUUCACUUCAGUUCAAUCUCAUUUCAAUGACCUCUUGAUUGAUUCAAUCGUUCGGCCUGAAUUUCCCAAACUGAGAAUGGAUUCUUACUGACUUUGUGUGUACUUUGAGACGUAUUGCGUUUCCUAGUAAAUUCAGUAAUGUCAAGUAAGGGAGGGUAUGCGGCGCCGGCGCCGGCGCCGGCAGGUUUUACCACCCGCCGACGGUGCGGCGCCAGCAGCAGCAAAUGAUGCAGAGGCAUCUGCUCCAACAAUAGUAACAGCAGCGACGCCGACCGCAGAGGGUGGUGGCGGUUAAGGUGAAUUCUCCUAAAGGCGAGGACGUGGAGAAGCGGAGUGAGGCUGAUUAUUCAUCAACUGCGCCGGCAUUGUGUAUACCGUUCUCUGUUGGUUCUACAUCGGUAUUAAAUGUUACGAACUUAGGUCGUCUGAAGGAAUCGGUAACUCCAUACAUUCCAGUGCAGAAUUUGUUGGAGGUGGAUACAAGGGGAUGGAGAACAUAGGAAGUGGAUUCACAUUCGUAUUUCUGCUUGGAGGAUCUGUGGGAAUCUUUUAAUGAGUGGAGUGUUUAUGGAGCUGGAGUGCCUUUAUUAUUAAACAGGAGAGACCCAAUUGAACAAUAUUAUGUUCCAUUUUUGUCGGGCAUGCAGCUGUAUGUAGACCCAUCCAAGCCUUCAUCUGAACUCAGAGGGCCCCAUGAGGAGGGUGAUGCUGAGUUACAUAGAUUGCCAAGUAUUUUUGGCAUCAUAGAUCCUGAAGCAGAUAGGAGAGCAAAAUCCGUUUCAGAUCUGAACAUCCAGCGACUGAAUAUGCUCUCACCGGGAGAGAAGUUUGUCAAAGGCUCUUCUGGUUCUGAAGCUGAUAUUGCUAAUUCACCUGGACGAACCUUAUUCCAGUUUUUGGAACAUGAACAACCGCAUAACUGCAGACCACUAACUGAUAAGAUAUCAGCUCUUCCGUCCCAAUAUCCAGAACUGAGGAAGUGCAGGAGCUGCGAUCUACUUCCAUCAAGUUGGAUUUGUGUAGCUUGGUAUCCAAUCUAUAGAAUUCCCAUUGGCCCAACACUAAGAGAUUUGGAUGCAUGUUUCUUGACAUUCCAUUCCUUGUCAACUCAAUCUAGAAGUAAUACUCCACCUGGUUUCAUGCUGCAAAUACUAGAACGGUCCACGGCAUUGUCGAUCCAACUCCAAAGUUUUCAUUACCAGUCUUUAGACUUGCCUCAGACAACCUGAAAGGUUCAAUCGUGAGUCCUUCUGGACCCCAAGAAUGUGAGCAAGAGAAUUCUCUUUUGCAAUCUGCCGACAAUUGGCUUCGACAUUUGCAGGUUAUUCUCCCUGAUUACCAAUUCUUCCAUGCUUACUACUCUCAUUGGAGAUGAUCUGAUCCUAGAGUUAAGUGAAAGUUUUGGAAACUGCAACUGCUGUAGAAAAUUCAUUCAGUCACACCACCACAUAUCCCGGCAAACUAUUGUGCAGUCUCUAAGCUUGGUGAUAUUAGUAUUGUAAAAUUGGUUAAAAAAACAUUAUUUCCAGUAGACUAGGGUAAUGAAUAGAAAGUUUUUGGAGAAGGUGGUAAUUUCACAGAGAUGAUAUCCUCACAGUAGUCAAAAUGUUUAAUUUUUGGUGAUACUAGUAAUUUAGCAUUAGUUUGGAUGGCUGACUAUGGUAAAGUCACCAGCUACAAAUCACAAUCAUGAUAGUGAUGAAAACUUGAAACAUCUGUAAUCUAUACUUUAGGAGAGAAUAUAUAAAACUUACACCCUUUUCUACAGCUUUUAUAAUAGUGAUUAA